CAGCGGCAGUUCCCCUGCGCUCUUUCCCUCCUGCAGACUGCACUCAUACACAUGCACACACUCUCUUACACCAAAUAAGAUACUGGACACACAUCCACACACUUACACGGGACAUCUGCAGGCACACACACAUGCACACACAUACAAAAACACUACUAUACACUCCAAGUUCAUAUCAGAGGCAGCCACAGACGCUUUCUCUUUACACACACUUAUUUAAAAAUCUCACAGAAGGAUGAAGACAAUUGGACUUUGCGUUUGUGCUGGUCUCCUGCUUACAGGCACCUUAUUACUCAGAAUCAGCCAGGCAGCAGACUUUCCUGGUAACUCUCACCAGCGAUGGGACUCUAGAGGAUCCUACCAUUUGGGAUUUGAGUCUGGUACUCCCACUUCUUGCCCUGUCAAACUUAGACCUAUGGGCCAGUGUGGGAGCUCUGGGGCAGAGGACGGGGAGGACUGCCCUUACCAGAUCACUCUGCCUCCCCUCACCAUCCAGCUGCCCAAGCAGUUCAGGCUGCUGGAGAAGACGAUGAAGGAACUGCAGAGCCUGAAGGAGGUAGUGAACAAGCUGAAAAGCGGGUGCCAGGAGUGCCGUGGGGCACGGGGCAGCGGAGUUUUUGGACACCAGCAGGCAGACCAGAUCCCGAUUCAGGGGGAUGCCGGGGAAAAAGUGACGGGGCAGGAGGUGCAAGGUGGAUCCAGCCAAGAGGAGAGGGGAGAUGGGAUGGUUCCUGGAGCUACUGUGGAUGCUGCAAGACCGGGUUCAAUUUUUGGGAAACCUGCUCCGAGCCAAAACAUGCAGGAGAUGCAGGUGAAGCUGAAUAGGAUGUCAGCCAGCCUGCGCAAUGCCAGGAACCAAAUCUCAGCUCUGCAGGGUCGACUGGAGGGAAUCAACCUUCUUAACAUGGAGAAUGUACAGGCUAUAGUGGACAGGCGGGUGGAGAACAUCACCGGAGUGGUCAACAAGCUCAGCUCCAGCUGUACCACCGAAUGUCCAGCCCAGACUGGCCCUCAGUUCAUCUUAGCCCCUCGGGACUGUUCAGAAUACAAUGUGCUGGAAGUGAGGAGGAACGGUAUAUAUCGUGUGACACCUGACGCUCGCAAUGGGACGUUUGAGGUAUUCUGUGACAUGGAGUCCUUCGGAGGUGGCUGGACUGUGAUACAGCAACGCCUCAAUGGGUCCAUCAGCUUCAACCGCACCUGGGCUGAGUAUAAGAAAGGCUUUGGGAACCUCAGAGGUGAGUUCUGGCUGGGCAAUGACCAUAUCCAUUUGCUGACAAAAGCAAAAGAUAUGAUUCUGCGUAUCGAGCUAGAGGACUUUGAGGGUGUCCGGGAAUAUGCAAAGUAUGAUCAGUUCUAUGUGGCCAAUGAGUACCUACGCUACCGUCUGUCUGUCAGUGGAUACAGUGGGACGGCUGGGAACGCCCUCAGUUUCAACAAGCACUUCAACCACGACCAGAAGUUCUUCUCCACACCCGACCGCGACAACGACAUGUACCCCUCUGGGAACUGCGGCGGCUACUACAGCUCCGGCUGGUGGUUUGACGCCUGCAU